CGUGUACAACUGUUCAUAUUACUAGAAUCCAAAGCUGAAACCAUCUUGUCUUGGGACGACAAAUUAAAUUUUAGAUACUCUAUAUCCUUGCAGAAAGAUCGCAUGCCUAUCAUGCCUUCAUGUUUAAUCAUGAGUUGACCCCAGUUAGAGAACAACCAGGGAGUACUGGAUUUCUGUUUCGUUAUUGUCUAGGACUCGAUCAGCACGCACCCAUAAUCCUACCGUGGAUCGAAUCCAGGACCUUCAGGUUAGGAGGCGAGCUCGUUCACUAUUGUGCCUCUCGGAUUGAGUCAAAUAACCUAUCAACUCUAGCUUCUGCAAAUUCGUGCUUUAUAGUGAUGUUAUCUAAUGAAGAACAAGCAGUUAUGCGAAAUCUGCCAGCUCUUGUAGCAGAUUUAGAAAGUAUGGAUAUUAUUGACCAUUUGACUGCAACUACACCUCCAUCAAUUACACCAGCUGAUUAUGAAUCAAUCAUAGCAACAUCUCAAAGAGAGGGUAGAAGAGCAGGUGUUCGAUGCUUAGUGGCCUGUCUGUUACGUCGUACUGACAGCUCAAAAGUAUUUCAGUCUUUUAUUAAUAUCCUAAAAGAAGAUUAUCGUCAUUUAUCAGAUCUUUUGAGCAGUACAUAUGAAAGCCUGAAAGGUUCCAACGAAAAAGAUGAAUCAGACUUUGGUACUACUGCAAGUUCUAUUUCUCUGCAUUCUGAUGCUGUUGUCAAAGCUAACGAUCCAACUGGGAUAAUAACACCCUGUCAAUUGGACUUGGACAUUCUGAGUAUGAUACCAUAUUGA